AUGGUGACCACGUCUCCCGAUAUUCAAACGAUCAACACACUGACAACUGCCAUGGCCACGAUGAAACCCAAACUCAUCGCGAGAAUGUUCAACGCCGAAAAGCCCGCGCUAUGGUUCGCGCAGCUGGAGACGCAGUUUGCUGAUAUCGGGAUUGUAACCGAGAUAGAUAAGUACAAUAAAACGGUACCAUUAAUCGAUACAACUUAUGCAGCAGAAGUCGAAGAUUUAAUUGUCUCCAGACCUGUAACAAAUCCAUACCAAAGCCUGAAAACAAAACUAAUUAAAUGCUUUACAAAAUCCAGGACCGCGAAAAUCAUCCAAUUACUCGACAAUGAGAGCAUUGGAGACCGCACCCCAUCAAAGCAUCUCAGACACUUGAAAAGCCUUGUUCCAGGUAUUGACGACGAGAUCCUUGAAACACGUUGGUUGUCUCAUUUUCCCGAGCAGACGAGAGCCACGCUCGUAUCUCAGGAGAACGCAAGGGUUGAGGACCUGGCGAAGCUGGCAGACAGAGUACACGAGGUAUUCCACCCGAGCAGCGUCGCAGCCAUCACUACCUCAUUAGACAACGCGACCAACACAGCACUCCUCGAGCGAAUCGAACAACUGACGGCAACUGUUGCUGAGUUGCGAAUGCAUGAUUCACAUUCACGUUCACGCACACGUUCAGAUCACUCGCGUGGACAUCGCAGCAACUCACGCCGACGCCCCAGCUCCAGGAAAAUACCAAAGAAAUUCGACAUCUGCUAG